GUUCUGCCAACCUCCAAUUCGCCUCAUCAUUUAUUUCAUUACUUCAAUAAAAAAUAUUAUAAAAGCCCGUGUUCGUGUCAAUUUUUCGGUUUCGCGUAAUUGUUUAAUUUCUUUGUUUUUAAUAAUAACAUAAUCAGUGUUUAUGUUUUGUUAUGUUUAUAGUUAGAUUCGUCUUAUAAUGUAAAUGAUAAAUCAAAGACACUUGUAAAGAAAAUGAAUUGACGAUCAAAAUCUUUUAAAAUACACAAGGUGAAUUGGAGUGAAGUGUUUGCCGUUGUGUAGCAUGAAAAAUAUAACAGCGGUGUAUAACCUUUGUGAACUUUCGAAACCUAACUGAUCCAAAAUAUUGCAUGCGAUAUUAAGUGUUAAGUUGUCACAAAAGGUUAUUUAAAUUUGCUACUGGUAAUUUGUGGAUUUGGGGUGUAGUGCAAUGUUUACUGAAGCUCUGCAGUAUUCCUGCGAUCUAUAUACUGCAGAAAAGAUUAAAAGAAGCCAUGGAACGUCGUGUUAAGCUUAAGACCAUAAAUCCGCACAUAACGUGCAAGAUCUGUGGUGGUUACUUUAUUGAUGCCACAACCGUCACGGAGUGUUUACAUACAUUUUGUAAAAGUUGUUUGGUCAAACAUUUGGAAGAAAAGAAAACCUGUCCCACUUGCGAUAUGGUCAUCCAUCAGUCACACCCACUGCAGUACAUCAGCUUUGAUCGAACCAUGCAGGAUAUUGUUUAUAAGUUGGUACCCAAUCUACAAGAAGAUGAAAUGAGAAGAGAACGAGAUUUUUAUAAAAGUCGAAACAUUCCCUGCCCAAAAGAUAUGCCGCAGAAUCAUGAUGAUGAUGAGAAAAUGCUCGAAGCACAUGCAGAAUCUGAUUUCCAUCGUCUAGACGAGCAGGUGAACGUAAGCCUCGAAUGUAUGAGCAAUAAUUUUAAAAAUUUGCAGCGACGUUUUAUACGCUGCAGCUCACAAGCCACUAUAACGCAUUUGAAAAAAUUGGUUGCCAAGAAAAUUUUGAAUGGCAUUGACAAAUAUCGAGAGAUCGACAUACUGUGCAAUGAAGAAUUACUAGGCAAAGAUCAUACGCUAAAGUUUGUGUAUGUGACGCGUUGGCGUUUUAGAGAUCCACCCCUGCGCUUACAGUUUCGACCGCGAGUUGAUCUGGUAUGAAGGCUUUUAAAACAUACGUGAAACAGAAAUUUGUACGAAAACCAAUGUUAAGUGAAAUCAAAAGUGAAUACCAACGCAACAGUUUAAUUUUUUAAUUAACGAUAACAAAGAUAUAUAUAUAUACACAUAUAUAUAAAUUAGACAAAAACAGAAACGCUAGUUUUGUAAAAAAGUUUAAAAUUCAAAGUGAAUUUCAGCCGUAAGAUAGAAAAAUCGAAAUAAGUAUUGUAAUAUAUUUACAACCGGAGGUUAGAAGAGUUUCAUGCAUACAUAUGUGUAUAAAAUGAUUAAGUGUAAUAAAAAGCGAAAGUAAUGUAUUUAGAACAAA